AUGACGAAAACACCAAACAGCAACAAAAGGAAUGGAGACUCUCUAAAAGGAGCAGAAAUUCGACCAGCAGAAAUCUUACUAGAUACCGGAGUAGUUCUCGAACGAACCGCAAAAAUAGCAAUGGACUUUAAACCAAGGAUUAUGAGAGCGCAGGUACGCAUGGUCCAGGGAAAUCCAAUGGUUUCAAUCAUGCGACUAACUACAAUGGGAAAUACCACACACCCACUUGAGGCACCAGUCGAGAGGGUACUUAGUGCCAAAGCCCGUAGUUUUGAGAAGCAGGUUGAUAUAUACGCCAACGCUUUCCAACUCUGCGUCAGUACCAUCCUAAAUACAUCGACAUGA